AUGCCAUCGCAUCUUGCCACGCCCCACUCAGUCGUGUGGUCACUGUACCUGCAAUGCUUCCUGCUUGCAAGACUCAUAGAUCCGAGCCCAUUCAAAGGGUACUGCCACAAAACAUUCUAUGAUUGUUAUUUCAAGGCAUCUUACACGAAAAUUCAGGCAAUCAAUCAAAGCGUGCAAGUCCGCAUACACACGGAUGUAUCGAUCCAAGGCCUCAUCCUGGACAUCUCGGGCAGUUCCUUUUCGGGUGGCACAUCCCGAUAUUAUGUCGAAUACACUGCCAACGGUGUGAUUUGCAAGGGCUGGAUUGGUAGUGAGGACAUUCGUACUUUAGACGCCCCAUGA